AUGCCCGAUAACCCACCAGAUUUCAACGCCGCUGUCCAGGUCGAGAUCGAGAGGGUUACUGUUAAACCGCCACCCUUUUGGAAAGGUGAUCCCAAGCUGUGGUUUAUCCAACUUGAAGCCCAAUUCAACCUCGGCAAGAUAACAAGCGAUACAACUAAGUAUCACUACGUGGUCAGUGCUAUCGACACAUCAGUUCUUCAGCAAAUUGCCGCUUUCGUGACCAAUCCUCCCGCUGUCAACCAAUAUGAAGGUAUCAAACAACGGCUUAUUUCUACAUUUUCGGAUUCUCAGGAACGCCAAUUGCGUAAACUACUGUCGGAAAUAGACUUAGGCGACAAGAAACCUUCGCAAUUGCUUAACGAAAUGAAGCGUCUGGGUGAUUCGGCUGUAUCCGACGAAUUACUGAAAACUUUGUGGUUACAAAGAUUGCCGACCCACGUCCAAUCCGUGCUCGCAACCAGCUCCGACCCGAUUCAGAACCUUGCGCAAAUGGCAGACAAAAUCGUGGAGAUACAACACAUGUCCUCAGUUUCCGCGACGAUCACGAUCACGACCACAGACGCCAGACCGUUCAAGCAGGGACUCUUGUUGGUACCACCGAACAUUUGGCAAUAA